AUGGGGGAGACCCACCGGCCAACUGGGCCCACGAGUGAGUCGAAAGCGCAGUCGGGGAGUAGCCGCGAGCAGGGGCUCGAGCGGCUUAGCUUGGAUUGAUAUGGGCACGUGUGUGCCACUCCCCUUCCACGUCACCGGUGGCCAGCCGAUUGUGGGGCAAGGAGUGGUCGUACACGCAAGAGAAGAGACUUUGUUACAAAGUUAACAUUACUAUAUAUUCGCCCGAAAAAUUGGCACACAAUUGAUGUGGGACUAAACCUGUGUCACACCUUCCUCACAGGCGGGUGAGUGGCGCGGGUUUGAAUCCUUUUAGAGUCAAAAUUCAUAUAUUUUUAUUUGAUUAUUGACGUGACUCAGUCGUUGUAUGUUAAAUCACGCAAAUAAAAAAUUUAUAAAACUAGAAAAUACGAAUUUUGGAUAUUUAGAAGUAUUUCUAAAUAAAUAUAUCAAUUAUAAUUCAAUAAAAAUUCCAAAAAUAGCAGUAAUUUUCCAGGUCGAUCACAGGGAUGUAAUAUAAUAUCUGGUAAUUAUUCAGAAUUUUUCUCAAUGAGUACGAUUUUCUUACGAAUUUUAUACUAGGAAAUAAAAAGGAAAUAUAUUUAAAAUUCACGGAAAAAAGGAAAUAAGGGUGCGGACGUCAGGAUGACGUCAGCGCCCAGCGAACCCGAAUCAGGCGGAAACAGAGUUCCGCCCGGUGAUUCUUACGUAGGCAAUUACAGACAACUCAAUUAAUCAAAUUAAGAUCUGUAAAAGCCGGAAGAAUCGUAAUUGAACGAAGUAUAGUUUGGUAAGUUAAAAUCAACAAAGUAUCACUAAAUGAAGCGUAAAUUAAAUUGAAAGCAGGAAAAUAGAGUUUCGGCGUCGUGACGGCGAUGCGUCGGCGAUGCACUGGAAUCCUGAGCGUUCGGGAGGAUCGUUGUGCAAUGUCCACGGCCUCGAAGGCUUUCCUUGGACAAAGGCAAUGUGGGCAAUCUCUAGAUCUUCUCACGAAGUCUAGAGAUCAAUGAAGUGGGUCGUCGAAUUGUCUCCGGCGGCUGUCACCCGGCGGAGCGGAAAAACGGCGACUUUGCAGCUCUCCGACGGCUGUCACCCGACGGAGAGGAGCUGGAUGGAGGUGGGGCGCGUGUUAGGGAGCUUCAUCCUCAGGUCCGCGCAGCAAGAGGAGGCUCUUCAUCGCAUCUGGUACGCUCUCAGGAGGUGGCGACUAGUCUCCCGGCGGAUCGUCCUCUUCCCGACGACGGCUUGUUCGUCGAUCAAUCGGAGAUGAUUUACUCGAUGGAUUCGCGAUCCUUUUAUCGCGAAUUGUUCAGCAAUUUUAGUAGCAAUGCUCCGCGAAUCGCGUUGACGAGAUUUUCGCCGAUGAUCCAGCGAUUCUCGUUGCUUAAUCCUUCACCGGCGAUCUGCAAGAAAGUCACGAUAAUCAGAUAAAAGUAUAUGAAUUUUGACUCUGGGAGGAUUCGAACCCAUGCCAGUCGCCCCCGCCUCUUCUGAGGAAGGUGUGGGUUUAGUCCCACAUCGGUGCCGAGUUUUCGGGCGAAUAUAUAGUAAUGUUAGCUUUGUGAGCAAAGUCCCUUCUCUUGCAUGUACGACCACUCCUUGCGCCAUAGCUGGCUGGCCACCAGUGACGUGGAAGGGGAGUGGCGUACGCGUGCCUGUCGGUCCCAAAGCCAAGCCGCUCGAGCCCUUGCUCGCGGCUUACUCCCCGACUGUGCUUCCGACCCGCUCGCGGGCACGGUUGGCCGGUGGGUCCCCUCAUUUUUGCAAUAUUUUUAUUUUUAUUUCUUGUUCUUUAUUUAUCUCAAAAGUAAGACUGUAAAAAUUGUAUAAAAUCACAUAAUUACCCAAAAAUUCACGUUAAUCAAUUGAAAACCAAAAAUCAUUCUUUAACACAAAUAUAAGUCUAUUUAUCAUGAGUUAAGGCUAAAACUAUAUUAUUUACUAAUUAUUAACUCAUGAUAAUGAAGACUUAUCAAUUAUCACGACUUUUCUACAGAUCACUGGUGAAGGAUUAAGCAACAAAAAUCGCUGGAUCAUCGGCAAAAAUCUCAUCAACGCGAUUCGGGGAGCAUUGCUACUAAAAUUGCUAAAUGAUUUGUGA